GCUCUGCCACUUCUCUGUGCCUGUCUGUCGACUGCCUCCAGUUCACUUCAGACUCGGGCAGGUCAGACACCUCCGCCGCUUCCUCCCCCUCUCUCUCUCUCCCCAUCGCAGCCAUGAGGACCACGGUGGUCGCUGUUGUCAUGGUGAUACUGUGCGUGAUGAUGGUGCACGCAGACGUGAAGCCGCAGAAGGACUUCAACCUGCAGAGGUUUGCAGGGAAGUGGUACCGCGUGGGCCUGGCCUAUGAUUCUCUAAGUUUUGUCCCCUUCCGAGACAAGCUGAAGGCCUCCAUGGGCAUCAUCACAGCACUGCCGAACGGCAACGUGAACCUCACAAUGUGGGACGCCACAACUUUGAGCUGUCGGAGCAAACUGUACCAGUACGAGAGGACCAGCGUCCCAGGGCAGUUCACCUACUUCAGCACCCGCCACAACGUGGUGAAGGACAUUACAGUGGUGGACACAAACUACAACGAAUACGCUGUGGUCCUCAAACACAAGGUUUUUAACAGAGAGUACACACAGGUGGCACUUUACGGUCGCUCUCAAAGAGUUAGGAUUGAUGUAAUUAAUAAGUUUAAAGCCUUCGCCUUGUCCCGGGGUUUCCCCAGAGACUCUAUUCUGACUCCGACUCCAGCAGAAAACUGUCCACCGUCUGGAUCUGGACCUUAGAUUCCCACAUGUCCCUGGGAUGAAGGCGGCAGUGUGUCGGCGGUGGCGCUGCUGCAGCUCUGCAGUCCGGUCCACUGUUCCCUCAGCAUCAACUGUGAAGCAAUGCAGCAAAAGAACUUUCUUCUUUCAGAAAAGGCAAAGGUUAUCAUUGUGGCUACAAAACAUGAUGAAUAUAGCACAUUUAUAAAUCCUCUUUUAAAACCUCUUUUAAUGUAAUGUUUUUAUCAUUGUUCUGCUGUGUUGACGUAGUUCAAUAAAAACAGUAAACUUCC